AUGUUCCAAAGUAGGGCCUUGUUAUGGUGGAAUGCUACUUUUGCAGCUUUAGGUGAAACUGAAAAAGAAGGUAUGMCUUGGGAGUCUUUCAAAACUCGUUUUAACAAGCAGUAUUGUCCAAUUGAUCUACAAAAACGAUUAGAGAAGGAGUUUCUUGAUCUUAAUCAAGGAAAGAUGUCAGUGGUGGACUACGAGACCGAGUUCAAUYAUAAAGCACAGUUUGCCACACAGAUUCGAGAUGUCGUCGCCAAUCGUGAUAUUUCAGAUUUUGAGAAAGCGGUGGAAUUUGCACGACGACGCGAACACGAUUUGACCCGCUCGGAUCGUAAUCCAGCUCCGCCAUCCAAGCGACCUCGAAUUGAAGGUGCCAUAUCUGCACCAACACAACAAUUUUCUAGGAAUUUCAAUCCGAGAUACGCUCAAUCCCAAGCUAGAUCGCGACCUCAAUCUCGGUCCCAAGCUUAUAGCCUUCAGUCAAAUGCUCCUCCACCCUGUUCUGUUUGUGGUAAGGCUCAUCGGGGCCGAUGCAACACUGUUCGCCCUGAAGUUAGAUGUCAUGGUUGUGGUGAAGUUGGACACGUGAGACCGAACUGCCCGAGGAGGGAUAUGACAUGCUACUCAUGUGGUGCUAUAGGCCAUCGUCAAAGAGAAUGCCCUCGAUCUAAACCUGAGGAAAGUAAGGCUUCUGUUCGCCGACCUUCUACUAGUGGUGYUGCUCAUCAAAAGGAGGAGGUACCGCGCGUCCAGGCCAGAGCUUUUCAAAUCACUGCUGAGGAAGCUCGAGAUAAACCGGAUGUGGUUAUGGGUAUAUUUCUCGUUAAUUCUCCUCCCGCUCGUAUCUUAUUUGAUUCUGGUGCUAUUAAUUCAUUCGUUUCUCAUACGUUUGCUCGAUGUUUAAACUUUGUGCCAUAUGUGCUUGCUAAAUCUUUUUACGUUGACACUGCUGAUGGCACAUCUAUGCUAGCUGAUAAAGUUUACAAAGAUUGUGUGUUGCAAUUAGAUGAGCAUGAGUUUUUUCGUAGAUCUUGUACUGAUGGAUAUCCAUAG